UCCACGGCCGGGGGAGGAAGAUGGCGGCGAGGCUCUGAGGGGCCGGGUCGGGCCGGGUCGCACCGGGAGAGCCGAGGCGGCCGCCACGCUCACACCGACACCGUAACGGGCCCCCCCUCCAUGGCCGCGGGGCCGGCCCAGCAGCCGGGUCCUCGCUGCGCAGCUCCCGGGCCCCUCCGCAGCUGUGGCCCGUUGAGCCCCGAAGCCUGGCCCUGGUCCUGGGCCUGACCCGCCCUCAGCUCCGGAGGCGUCUGCGCGCAGGAGGCCGGGCCCGGGGGCUGCGGCCGCACCGAGCAGCGCCGGGCCCCGGGAGGCAGCGCUGACCCCGCUGUGCGGCCGACGAGCGGCUCCCCCCCCGGGCUCGCAGCCGCCACGAUGUCCGAGAACCAGCCCAACGCCAACAACCACCACCCGGCCAACGGCGGCGGCGCUGCCGGCGGCAACAACCGGGGCGUCCGCAACCCCAACCUCAACCAGAACCCCCUCAUCAAUGUCCGCGACCGUCUCUUCCAUGCUCUCUUCUUCAAGAUGUCAGUGACCUACGCGCACCUCUUCCCACCCUCCUUCCGCCGCGUCUUCGAGUUCUUCGUCCUCCUCAAGGCUCUCUUUGCGCUCUUCAUCCUGGCGUACAUCCACAUCGCCUUCUCCCGCUCGCCCAUCAACUGCCUGGAGCAUAUGCGGGACAAGUGGCCGCGCGACGGCAUCUUGCGGGUGGAAAUCCAGCGCAAUUCCAGCCGAGCCCCCAUCUUCCUGCAGUUCCCAGGGAUGGUAGUUGAAUCCACGGCUGAGGAAGAGGAGGAGGAAGAGGAGGAAAUGACAGUGGAUAUGUUUGAAAACAGCUCUGUCAAGUUUGAGCUGGAUAUCGAGCCCAAGGUGUUCCUUAAGCCAUCCCGGGUGAGCAGCACCGAGGCGCUGACCCACAAUGAAAGCCAGGAGUUCUCAUUUAGUGAAGCAGCCACUAAAGGUAUGGAGCCUCUGCGGGAGACUGUGUCCGAGUUUGAGAUGCUAGCCAGAGCAGUGUGGCCGCAGGAGGAGUACAUAGUGGAGUACUCACUGGAGUACGGGUUCCUGCGGCUCUCCCAGAGCACUCGGCAGCGCCUCAGCAUCCCAGUUAUGGUGGUGACUCUGGAUCCUACCAGGGACCAGUGCUUUGGGGACAGGUUCAGUCGCCUGCUGCUGGACGAGUUCCUGGGUUAUGAUGAUAUCCUGAUGUCAAGUGUCAAAGCUUUAGCUGAAAAUGAAGAAAACAAAGGUUUCCUUCGCAACGUGGUGUCUGGGGAGCACUACCGCUUUGUCAGCAUGUGGAUGGCCAGGACUUCUUACCUGGCAGCCUUUGUCAUUAUGGUCAUAUUUACUCUGUCUGUUUCGAUGCUGCUGCGCUACUCGCACCAUCAGAUCUUUGUCUUCAUUGUCGACCUGUUACAGAUGCUGGAAAUGAACAUGACAAUUGCAUUCCCUGCAGCUCCCCUCCUCACUGUCAUUCUGGCUCUCGUAGCAGGGAUGGAGGCCAUCAUGUCCGAGUUCUUCAAUGACACCACCACCGCCUUCUACAUCAUCCUCAUCGUGUGGCUGGCCGACCAGUACGAUGCCAUCUGCUGCCACACCAAUACGAGCAAGAGGCAUUGGCUCAGGUUCUUCUAUCUGUACCACUUUGCCUUCUAUGCCUACCACUACCGAUUCAACGGGCAGUACAGCAGCCUGGCUCUGGUCACCUCCUGGCUCUUCAUCCAGCACUCCAUGAUUUACUUCUUCCACCACUACGAGCUGCCAGCCAUCCUCCAGCAGAUCCACAUCCAGGAGAUGCUGCUGCAGAACCAGCAGGUGGGCCAGGGCACUCAGACCACGCUGCAGGACAACCUCAACAACAACACCACCGCUGCCGCCGUCGACGGAGGGAGCCGCAGACCCCCCCUGCCCGCCGGCCCCUCGGGGGACGGGCCCAGCCCAGCUGCCCUGGCACCGAGCCCGGCCUCCAGCAUCAUCUCCGCUGCCACCGCCGGCAGUGACCUCAACUGGGUGGCUGAGACGGCCGCCAUCGUCACCGAGGCCUCCUUCCUGUCCGACCUGAGCACCAGCCUCCUGGAGCCGAGCGUAGUGCACGAGGCCGUGGCCAACGGGAGCCCUCAGGACGCUGCCUCUGCCUUGGUCGCCCGCAUCAGGGUGAGCAGCGAGCACCCGGAGACGGCCGUGGGCUCCAUCACCAUCGAGGUCACCUCGACGGCCGUGGUGGCUGCAGCAGAUGCUCCCCCCGCCGCACCCCUCGUCCCGCUGCAGGAGGAGGGGGUCUCUGUCCCCAGCAGUGCCCCCCCGGAGCAGACUGAGGCUGAGGGCUCGGGCAGCCAUGGCAGAGCGAGCAGCAAGGACUGUGCUGGCAGCAGCAGCAUGGCACAGAGAUCUGCAGGCUCUGCGCAGGACACGGAGCAGGACAGGAGCUCGGGGUGCGAGCAGGGGGACAGCAGCCCUUGGGCAGCACCAGCAGAGAGCCCCCCCCGCUCCGCCCCCUGCCCGCAGCCUCACUUGAGGAGCCUGUCUUGAGCCCCUGUUCUGUAAUCCUGGACUGCCAGGAAGGCGUUUGGGUUUUCCUUUGUUACUGUUUCUCACUUCACCGUUAUCCUUAACCCAUGAGUUCCUGUUCGUUCAGAGUUGGAUCAGAGCCCCUGUGUGCUUGUGUGUGGGAGCCUGAUGGACGUGGGACAAGGCAGCCGCUCCGGGUUCCUGCCCCAGCUUUUCCUUGUCCCCUCUUUGCCCCCCGUGUUGGUGUUUGCAGCCUGGAGCACAGCCAUGAGCUGGUUUGGGACAGAGUGUGUGUGUGUGGCAGCUUCACCAUAGAAUAGCAGCUGCGUGUGGACAGGGAGUGGGUGUUCAGACCCCUUGGGAAAACAAAAGGAACCUGAUCACCUGCCCUUCUCCUUAGGGGGAGAAGGAGCUUCAGCCCUUCCCCAUAGACUGCAUCUACUGCUGCCAGGGCAAAGCUGGGCCAGAACCAAAGCCGCAGGUCAGCCCCAUCUUUUGUGUCCUUGAGCAUCUCCCAGCCAGUGGCUUUGGGAUGGAAGCAGCUGUGUCCAGGUGGGAGCUUCCAAUGCGGGUGAGAGGUGUUUGGGCAGUGCUGGCCUCUGGGAGGGUGCUGGGAGCUUGGCCUCUCUUACCUGCCUGUGGCCAGCAUAAAGCAGGGGGAAACGGGCUCAGGUCACAUCCACUGUGGGGGCGUUUGGGGACAGCAGCUCUGCCCUGGGGAUGGCGUUUGCUUUUCAGUGCCUUGUCCCUGCCACGGAACACGUCUGUGUCCAAGAUCAGCCCCAUCCCAGCGCGGAGAGCACCUAUUCCCUGGCUCAGCUCUUGCUGAGCUCUUGGUUUAGCAAAGAACCAAAAGGAGCUAAGAAAUUUCAGCUGAUACUCCCUCCUGCCCUGUGUCCGACCCCUCUGCCCUGCUCCUGCUGGGCCUGGGGACAGGAAUGGGCUGGCCUCACACCAGGGUUUACAGGGGGGAUGCUUGGAGCUGCAUCACGUCCAUAGGGCUGAGAGGAAGAGGAGAAGGGAGGUGCCUCCUGGGGUGCUGUCCUUGGUGGGAGCUGUCACUGGGCCCCCCAAGUUCAGAGUCAUCUCCCUGCUGCUGAGCAGUGCCUGGCGUUUCCCUUAGAGGCCUCUUGUGCACGUUCCAGCAUCUUCCACCAGGAAAAGGUUUCGCUGUUGGUGCCGGGGGGCUCGGAUCCCCCCCCCUUCACUGUCUCUGCAUUUCCCACACCAAGGCCCCCCUUUUCUUUGUGUUUGGCCUCAAGGAGCCCCAAGUGUUGCUUUUGGGGGGGUCCCUGCUCAUGACCGGGCACAGGCAGAGCUGGGGGCUGUUGGG